AUGUACAAGUUCCUUCCCCUUUUCGUUCUGGCCGUGCUGGUCAUCUCUAGUCAUGCUCUACCCGUGGAUAGCGAAUCCUCGGUAGAGCCGGAGACUACCAAGGACAACGAGGGAUCCUUUGACACCGUCUACGAGAGCAGAGUUGAACCCAAGCAGCGUGUUCUACCCAGGGAGCCCAACCAAAGCGAAUCCACACCAGUGGCCAUCGUGAAAUCAGAGACCAACAAGCACAACGAUGGAUCCUACGACUCCGUCUACGAGAGCGCAGAUGGAACCGUGCGGCAAGAGGACGCCGCUAUAGUUGAUGCGGGCACCGAUGAAGAGGCCCUGGAGGUGAAAGGAUCCUACAAGUACAUCAAUGAUCUGGGUGAGACUGUGGAGGUCUUCUACACGGCGGGAAAGAACGGAUUUGUGCCAUAUGGCUCCAUCAUCAAUCCGGAGAUCACAGCUGUGGCCGAGGCAGCCAAGGAUCUGCCAAAGGCGGAAAAGUUCGAGAAGGUCGAAAAGUUCCAAAAGGUGGAAAAGUUCGCUAAGGUUGAAAAGUUCGAGAAGGUUGAGCAGGCGGAGGAGGCUUGA